UGACUGAAUAUACCAAUGUCUGUGCUUCCAAUGUCUGUGCUAACAAGGUGAUUGAUGAUGUUGUAGCCCUUGAGAAAGAUGUUAUGCUCAUUCGACAACAAUUGGAGUAUUCAAAGAUGUUGACAAAGUUUUUGGCAAUAUGCCUCGUUAUCGCGAUGGGGGUCAUCGUGUUGAAAUGAAGAUGGGAGAUGUCGUUAAAUUCAUAUUAUAGUAUGGCUAUGUGUUAGCCAAGUACUGAUGCCCAUGUCAUUUUGUAAUUUUCUAACUUUUUGUAAUUAUGAUGUUGUAUUGGGGAUUGGCAAGAUGUACCAGAAACUUAUUGUAGUUUUAAUUUAAUUCGGAGUAUGAAUGUUGGCUUGUUUAGUCGUACGUAUUAUCUAUGUGUUGAACCUGAGUACCAUUUUCUUUACCUAGAAUUGUGUUAAGGCAAUUAUUUGCGAUGGUAGUAUGAAUGUUGUAUACCUACAAUACUAUGAUGAAAUAGUAGAUGAAAGAAGUAAAACAUGUGUACAGAUAUAUAAUAUUCGCAUAGGUUGCUACCAUUAGAACUUCCCUUUGUGAUUGAUGGUCAUUGAAGGAAUCAUUUGGUUGUACCUUUUGAUUCGUGGACAAUUGUGCUUUCUUUUUUUCAGAACGUAUAACUUUGUUUAUCCACUACUGUAGACAUGUCUUCCACUCAAACAAUGUCUUCGAGAGGAAAAAAAGUAGCAACUGCAGCUACGAAAGCCCAAUUGGAUGCACAGUCCAAAGAGUGCUUCAUCCAAGCAUGUGUAGAAGAGUUAGGAGGUGCUGGGUACAAAGAAGAAACCCAACUUACCAAGGUUGGGUGGGCCAAUGUUCUUAAGAAAUUUAAUGAACGAAGGGGAAAGAAUUAUGACAGAAGUCAACUGAAGAAUCAAUGGGUUGUUCUGAAAAAGGAGUGGCAGCUGUGGCAACACUUGGUUUUAGGUGAAAGCGGACUAGGUAGGGAUCCAGACACGGGUGCUAUUACAGCAUCAGAGGAGUGGUGGGAUCUCAAGCUAAUGCACCAUCCUGAGUGCAUCAAGUUCAAGGAAAAGCCCUUGCCACUUGAGGGGGAAAUGCGCAUCCUGUUUGGUAGCAACACAGCUACUGGUGAGCAUAUGCACACACCUAGUUCAGGCUCAAUUCUAGCUGGCCCGAAAGAGCAUACCAUAAAUUUGGAGGUGGACAACAUUGAUGCAUUGUUGGAUGAUGAUGCUGAGGUUUAAGAGUUGGUGCACCCGCUGGAAGAUGUGUCCAAAAAGAGGCGUGUUGAUGGAUCGGCUACAAAGAAAGGCAAAGGCAAAAAGGGUACAGUGGGCUCAAGACUUGAAGCUUGCAUGCAACAAAUCUGUGACUCAACUGACAGUGCAAGUUCUCCCUCCUUCAUCCACCGUGCUGCCCCUGACAUUCCAACGAUAAAAGAAUGCAGCGAGAAGCUAUCGGUACUCCCUGAGUUUGACACAAA